UCUUCUCUCUCUCUCUCUCUCUCUCUCUCUCAUUACACCUAAACAAGUUCCAGUUUUUCUUGAAUCUUUAAGCUUUUGAUCAUAUACCCACAUGAAGAACAGACUCAAAAACACAUUCAUUGUAACUUUAUCCACAUUUUUUGUUCAAACCCACCUCAUGUUAUCCACCAGAGUAAUUACCAAUUUGCCAAUAGGGGUAUGAUUUUUUGGAUUGUUUGAGGUUUUGAUCAUAUACCCACAUGGAAAACAGCCACAAGAUUGUAGUGAUCAUAUCUUUAUCCAUUUCCUUUGGUAUAUUCAUUGUUUUGGCUUUAAUAUGUGUUUGUAGAAGAAAAGGGUCCAAAAAAGAUGAAUCUUGGGAUACAGAAUCAAGGUUUAAAAACAAAGGAAAAGGUGUAGAAGAAAUGGAGAUUAAUGGGGAAUUGGUUAAGUUUAAAGGUGGUGAAAAUGUUACUAGUGUUGAUAUAUUGGAUGCUCCUGGUGAAGUUAUUGGGAAAUCUGGUUAUGGGACUUUGUACAGGGCUAAUUUGGUGAGGAUUGAUUCAGUUGUUUGUUUGAGAUUCUUGAGACCAACUUGUACAGAAAAGGUACAAGAUUUGAUGCAUAUGGUACAGCUGAUUGGGCCAAUUAGGCAUCCUAAUUUGGUCCCUUUAUAUGGUUUCUAUUAUGGGCCUAGAGAUGAGAAGCUUCUUGUGCAUCCCUUUUAUGAGGGAGGAAAUUUGGCUCAGUUCAUUAAAGAUCAAGAAGACGAAUGCCAUAAAUGGACAGUGAUUUCUAGGAUAUCAAUGGGCAUUGCUAGAGCAUUGGAGUAUCUACAUACUGGCCUUCAAAAACCCCUUAUCCAUGGAAAUCUAAAGUCAAAGAACAUACUUCUUGAUCAAAAUCAACAGCCAUUUGUGUCAGAUUUUGGUCUACACACCUUCUUGAAUCUAAAUGCAGCUCAAGAAAUGCUGGAAGCGGCUGCUGUAGAGGGGUAUAAAGCACCAGAAUUGAUCAAAGUACAAGAUAUGAACGAGGCAACCGAUAUCUACAGUUUUGGAAGGAUUUUACUAGAAUUGCUUACUGGUAAAGAACCACUUGACAAGAAAGAAAACCUUGAUAAAGCUUUAUACCACCCUGAUAUCUUGUUUGACGAAAAAAAUGGCGAUGGGUAUUUGAUGAACGAAGAACGCGUUAUGCGAUUCGUCCAGCUGGCAAUAGAUUGCUGCUCUCCAUCGCCUUAUAUGAGACCUGAUAUAAAGCAGAUUUGUAGGAAACUUGAAGAAAUUUGAUAAAAAGAAGACCAAACUAUGUGCGCAAAUGAUGAGCAUGGUUGACAUAGCCCAAAAAAGUCAAAUAGGUGAAAACGCAAAAGAAGUGGUGAUAAUUUCAACCCAUUUACUUGUAAAAUGCGUCAAUUUGAGUUGUGGUUUAUCUCUCUGGUCAAAUGGUUUUGAAAAGGUAAGAUAGUUCAAAGGUCAUUGACGUAUAUUUUUAGUGUAUACACCCUGUGACAAUAGUUAUCAUGAUCCAAAACCAUUAUCCUAUUUUUCAAUGCCUAGGCUUCAUAUUCGACAUGUAAUACCUAAUUGUUUUUACACGAUGAAUAUACACUACUCAUUGUAUUAUCAUA